CUGGUGAAAAAAUUCCACUGUCCUGCAAGAGCAUGGCAACGCUAAGCCGCCUGCAGUGUUCAGGAGAACCUCCUCCACCAUAUGAGUACUCUCAGUCUGUAGAAGAUGUAGCCCGUCAACUUGAAGAAAAACUCCAUGAGAAAGGGGUAGAGCUGAGACAACUAAGAAGGAAUCCAAGUGACAAAGACGAUCCCUUUACUCAGGUAUUUGAGGACAAGCGCCGUUUAUGGAUGGAGGAACUGGAUGAAUUAAAACAGAUGUAUGUGUCCAAGCUGCAACAGAUCUCCCAGCAGGCACUGCGUAGCCAGAGGGCCUUACAGCUACAGCUGUAUAAAGUACAGCAAGAAAAAAAGCGCCUCCACGAGGAGCUCAACUCCUUAAGAACAGAAUUUGAGCAGCUUCGGCAAAAACAAUCCUCUCAACCUGAAAACCUUAGCCCUAAGUUGGAAGAAUCUAAAUGGGAGAUUUCUCAGAAAGCUGGUGAGAUCUCUUUACUGAAACGGCAUCUUAAAGAUUCACAAUCUGAAGUUACACAGAAGAUGGGGGAGGUCUUCCUGAUGAAGACACAACUUCGGGAGGCAAAAGCAUUGGCUAGAGAGAGAGAAAAAGAGUCGGCAGAUCUAAAAGCCCGCCUGCAAGCUUUUGAGGAUGCCAAAGAAAAACUUUCUCCAGCUUCAAUAUUGGACAACCAUGGAAACCCAAAAGAUGGUUUGGAGUCUGCGGACACAGAGAGACUAAGGGCUGAGCUUAUUUUGGAGAGACGUCAGAAUGAGGCCCAGAUCCUGAGUUUUGAGCAUGAAAGAAAAAUAUGGAAAGAAGAAAAGGAUAAAGUACUACGGUACCAGAAAGAAAUCCAGGCCAGCUACUUAGAAAUGUUUUAUCGUAAUCAGGCUCUUGAGAAGCAGAUCCAAGAACUGAGACAGGUUCCAGUACAGUCUCCGAGUACCCCGUCACUGUGGAUGGAUGCUAUGGAAUCAUUUGAGACAACAUGAAACAGAGAACAUGCCAUGAUAUUACUGCUAAGCUAAAAUCUGUACAGGAUGACAGAACAUUUUAUUUAUGUGCUGGGACAAUGUGAGUAAGCCUCCAUUAUUCUCACAAUCAGAACGGCGGUGUUCAGUGGAAUUAUUGGUAUGGCACCCUCAAGUCAGACUAUUCAUCAACACUUGAUCAUCUCAAGUCUACUGCUACUAUCAAAGAGGGGAUAGAAAACAAAGGAGAUAUUUCAUAGAAGUUAUAAGACCUCCAAUGACAUUCUAUGUAUUACAUGGAGGAAGUUACUAGCAGGGAAGAACCAAUUUAUGACUUCAUACAUCAGUAAACACUGGAUUCCAAGACCAUAUCGAUUUAUUGUCAUGAGGGUAUUUCCACAAUAACUCAAUGAGAAUGAGAACAGGUGGUGUUUUUGCAUCUAUGUUUAAAGGUGGCACUUUACCUCUUGUCUGUGGCCACUUCUCCUUUGUGGCUUACAGCACAAUGGACAAUACUUAUUUUUUUUUUUAUAUGAGCUGUGAAGACAAACCUAUGUUUUAGGAGCUUAAAACACUGAAGUCUGUAAGUGAUGAAAUGUAAGGGUUAUUUAAUGACGUUGCAGCAAAAAAGCCAGAUAAAGGUUCUCUGAUGAGCUAGCUGUAAAGAGUAAAUAGUGGUUAGACAUGGCUUUAACCACUGAAUGUUGGCACCCUGAUUCAGCGGGUAGAUCACCAGUAAUGUACUGUGGAGAAAAACAUCCUGACCGCAGCCUGAUUUCAUGGCAAUAUUAGGCUGCUGGCCAGAAAAUACAACCUUGCAGACAUUUGCAUCUAGAAUGGUUUGCAGAGAAUAGACUUGAUUCAUAAAGCCUUAAAGAGAACCUGAACUGUGGCUACGGUUCAGAAAAAGCAAGCAAAGAGCAAAUCUCUAGUCAAUUAAAUUGCCUGUAUGGUCCCUGGAGCUUUUUUCCUAAUGACUUACUAAGGCUUGUUCUGGACUUUUUGGACACCUUUUAUGGUGGUGGCCAUGUUGGUAGAGGAGCAGGACUUCCUCAUGUCAUAGCUGCCUUCCUGAUGGUGGGGUUAUAUUCAAGAAGCAACAGGAGGGGUACAGACAGCACAUAUCUAUUGAAUGAAGUAAGCACAAGCAGAGAGAUUCUUCAGGUCCUCAGGUACAGAUUCUGCUCUAAAAAGAACAGUGAACCACACAGUAGUCAUCACCAGUCAGAGGCAGCUGUGCCUUGGAUUAUCUCAACCAGUAGGUAUACAGCUAUGAGGCUAAAGCCACAGAAGUGCAUAGACGCAGAAAUUGCACUGCUUUUUUUUGGGCAGAAUUUAAGAUAAAAGAUUAAUAUAAGUACCAUUUAGAGACAAACAUUUCAAGAUGUUUCUUAAUGUCAGUCACUUUUUGAGUCCAGGCCAACUCUAACACAAGGCUAUUUAUCCUUAUCAUAAUGUGACUAUAAUUUUCAAAUUUUAUUGGCUGAAAAAAUUGUUACCUGGAAAUUUCCUUAGCUUUGUGAAUUACGCCUAAUGUCUGCUGAGAUCUUCCCAAAGACACCUGAAUAAUUGCAAGGUUCUGCCAAUCGAAGCAUUUGGUGACCAAUAUCUCAUGUGCAUAUAUACCCUAAGCCAGUGGUUCUUGACUUUCAUUUCCUCCCCACCUGUACAUGUUUAUUUUCCUAUGUAUUAUUUGACAUGGGGCAUCCACCUACACAUGCUCCCUUGCAGUGAUCCCCACCCCUUCCCAGUUUGAAAAUCACUUCCCUGAGCUUUUGGGCAAGAACAUGGUCGAUUUUACAUUGCUUAGCUAUGCGAUUUGUGAUCUUUGGAAUAAAAAGAUUUAUUAGUCUGGCGUGACAAAGUCAUUUUAACCUGUUUAACAAAGCUGGUCUUUUCUCUUUGUGGCUUUAUUGGAUUUCAAAACAGGUUAUGCAAGAGUAACUGCUUCAUAAAACCUUCAUGGUAAAGACUGACCCGAAAGACUAAUAACGAUACCACAAAAAUGUACAUCCAGUCCGAAUUAUUUUAUGAUUAAAGUAGAACUUGACUCCAGAAAUGUUACUUUCUGAAAGCUUAGUUAA